AUGGAACAUGAUAACACCACUACUCUUCCUCAAAAUGAUCCCCAGAAGGCCACCAGGCAACAGUUAUUGGACGAAGCAAAAGCGCUGUAUCAAAUUGACAACUCCAGCGAGGAACUGCCGGUCAAGACCAUUGCACAUUGGGAGGAAGACUGGUUUUUCGGUCGCCAAAGACUUGCGGGUGUCUGUCCUCAUUUAAUCCGUCUCUGCGCAAAGAUCCCAGACAGAUUAGCUGUUCAGGAGAGUCACCUGAAGCCUUUCCUGGACAUGUCUUUGGAUCAAGCUCUUGCACAUGAGAAGCUGUUUUAUUGCGACUUGGGAAUUCUGGAAGGCAUCCCUUGCAGUCCAGACUAUCAUGUAUGUGCCCCAAUCCUGCUGCUGUACAGAAACAACAGUGGCGAGCUACUUCCGGUCGCCAUCCAGCUGUUCCAGGAAAAAGGGCCUGACAAUCCGGUGUUCCUGCCGUCAGAUGACCGGAAUGUGUGGCUGCUGGCGAAGAUGUGGUACAACCAAGCGGAGGCGACAUACCACCAGAGUGUAGCUCACCUGGGGAUCACCCAUCUGCUGAUGGAGGGGGUGGAUCUGUCUACUCACAGGCAUCUCUCUCAGUAUCACCCUAUCUACAAGCUCCUGGCACCGCACCUCGUUGGCACAAUGGCUAUCAACGAGAAAGGCCGAGAACUGCUGCUGGACGGAGGUGCUUUGAACACGUUGAUGUCUGUUGGAGUAGAAGGUGUCGAACAUCUUAUGGCCAAAAGUCUGCCCGACUGGCACCUAGAUGUUGAUGGCACUCUACCUGAAGAUCUGAAGAGAAGAGGGGUAAAUGGUGAAGGUGUUUUGCCCAAUUACCACUACCGAGAUGAUGGCUUGAAGGUGUAUGAGGCCAUCGAGGCAUAUGUCACCAAAUAUGUCCACCUGUACUACGAGAAUGACCAAGCUCUCCUCAGUGAUCGGGAGAUACAAGCAUGGGCCAAUGAGCUUGUAACAAGCACGAAAGACGGAGGCAUCGGUAUGAAUGGGGUUCCUGGAGGUGGCAAGUUCCGUGAGCUGAAUCAGCUGAUCAAGACACUGACGUCAGUCAUCUUCACCUGCAGCGCCCAGCACGCCGCCGUCAACUUCCCUCAGUACAACUUCUCUGGCUUUCCGCCGGCCUAUCCAACUAAACUGACGGGUUCACCACCAACUAAAAAGGAACACCGAGCUGUGGAGGAUGUUCUCAAGGCCCUACCGGAUGUGGAUACCCUGUCAGAAAUGAUUUUGGUUGCAAACUUACUCAGCACCAAGAUUACAAAUGCAUUAGGGGACUUCGAAACGAUCUACAUUCAAGACCACAAGGCUGUCCAGAUAUGGCAAGAGUUUCGCAUGAAACUGUCAGAAAUUACACAGUCAUUCACCGCUGACAACAAACAGUGUCGGGUUCCACCCUACGACUUUCUCCUUCCUGAGAACAUCCCCAACUCUGUCAGCAUCUGAGAUAUUGUAUCCGGUACAGUGAUGUUUCUUGACAGACAGCAUCUCCAACACCAAGGAAACAUCUACAGCA